GAAAGAAGCCCCGCCCCUCAGCCGCUGGAGCUGUUGUACAGUGAGGAAAGAUGAUGUCCUUCGCGUCGCGCGCGGGGCCGUUAUCGCCCUACUUACAGGCCACGAGCUUCGCCGUUACCGGGCCGCUGAAAGCUCUCGUGCCCGGAGUGGUGCUGAAAAGUGAUAAAGUUCUGUUGGACCCGAAGAGACCGUUCCUCUGCCGCGAGUCUCUGAGCGGACAGAGCCCCAGAACAGGGCCCGCUGUCUCCGCUAGCCUGAACGCGAGCGGCGGCGUGCGUUUCGCCCACACGGACAUCAGGGUUCCUGAUUUCUCCGAUUAUCGCCGUCCUGAAGUGUCGGACCCGAAGAAGUCAUCUCAGGAGAGCGCUGAUGCGAGGAGAGUGUUCUCCUACCUGGUCACGGGUUCCACGGCCGUCGUGGGGGUCUACACCGCCAAAACCGCCGUCACGCAGUUUGUCUCCUCCAUGAGCGCUUCGGCUGACGUCCUGGCCCUGUCCAAGGUGGAGAUCAAGCUGUCGGACAUCCCUGAGGGCAAGAACAUGGUGUUUAAGUGGAGAGGGAAGCCGCUGUUCGUGCGUCACCGCACCGAGAAAGAGAUCGCUGCCGAGGCCGAGGUGGAUCUGUCUCAGCUGCGUGACCCUGAGCACGACCUAGACCGCGUCCAGAAACCCUCCUGGAUCAUCGUCAUCGGAGUGUGCACUCACCUGGGCUGUGUUCCAAUCGCCAACGCAGGUGACUACGGAGGGUACUACUGCCCGUGUCACGGCUCGCACUACGACGCCUCGGGCCGCAUCAGGAAAGGUCCGGCGCCACUCAACCUGGAGGUUCCGUAUUAUGAGUUCCCUGACGAAGACACGGUGGUAGUGGGCUAAAAACUGUGUGUGUGUGUAUGUGUGUGUGUGUGUGUGUGUGUGUGUGUGUGUGUGUGUGUGUCACACUCGCUGCUCUGUGGUGACUAAGUAAUAAACGCAUAUUUUAUUUCACACAGA